AUGGAGUCAGACAUCUCACAAGCCUUCAAGGAAGAGCUCACCUGCCUAAUCUGUUUGGCCAGCCUUACAAACCCAGUCACUAUCAGCUGUGGCCACAGCUUCUGUCGGGCCUGCCUCUGUCUUUCCUGGGAAGACAAGCAGCUCCCUGUUCCCUGCCCCACUUGUAGGCAUCCAUCCCAGCAGAAGGACCUCAGAACCAACAUUCUUCUGAAGAGGCUGGUGUCCAUUGCCAGACAACACAGCCUUAUGAAGUACCUGAGCUCUGAGGAGCACAGGUGUGUGACCCACAAGGAGACAAAGAGGAUCUUCUGUGAGGAGAACUGGAUCCCCCUCUGUCAGUUGUGCUCUGACUCCCAGGAGCACAUGGGUCACAGACACUGUCCCAUUGAAGCAGCUGCUGAGGGGCAAAUGGAGAAACUUCUAAAGCAGAUGGCAUCUUUAUGGGCGAAGACCCAAGAAAAUCAGGAGAAUCUAGAGGCAGCGAAGACAAUGACAUCUCAGUGGAUGGACUAUGUGACUCUGCGGAAAAAGAUGAUCAGGGCAGAGUACAGGAAGCUGCACCCACGCCUCCAUGAGGAAGAAAGGCAGCAUCUAGAGUGUGUGAACCACGAAGGCCAAACUGUUUUAGAGGAACUCAGGAAAAGUGAAGCCAUGAUGGUCCAAAAGGGGAAUCAGCUGAUCGAGAUGUAUCAAGAGCUGAUGACGAUGUCCCAGCAGCCAUAUGUGCUGCUGCUGCAGGAUUUGGAGGACAUGUUCAUGAGGAGUGAGUCAGUGCAGCUGUGUCUGCCCCAGGCUAUGAAACCAGAGCUCAGGGCCCUGCCCAUCACUGGACUGACUGAAAGGUCCAACUGCUUCCGAGUGAACAUUGCCUUUGAAAAUGUCACGAGAUUCACUUACAACAUCGACCGAUUAUUACGUAACUUGAGAAGAUUCUGCUCGACAUCUUGGUGUCAGGGGAUGACUGUGGAAUCUGCUCGACACACUUUUGCUGCCCGGGGAUCACAGAGCUUCACCUCUGGGAAAUAUUACUGGGAGAUCGAUUUGAGAGAUUCCUGGGACUGGGUUGUAGGGGUCUGUCAGGAUGACUGGUUAAUGGACACAAGGCACCAGAUUGACUCUAAGAUUUCAUUUCUCCUCUUGUGUGUGAAGGUGGAUACUCAUUACACUCUCUUCUCCAGCUUCCCAGGACUCCAGCACUAUGUAGAGAAGCCAGGGGGCCGGGUUGGCGUGCUCGUUGACUGUGAGGCUGGAUGUGUCAGCUUCUUGAAUGUAGCCAAGAGUUCCCUAAUAUACAGUUACCCUCCUGGAACCUUCCAUCCCCCUGUCAGGCCUUUCUUCUGCACUAGCCAUACAUGA